CUCACGUGAGUGACAGCUUGUGGAUUUCAAGUGGGGGUGCUGGAGGGGCCUGCGAACGCCCGCUUCAUUAUGUCACUAGCCCACCACGGAGCGUGAUGUUUGUGUUGCUCUACUGUUAGCUGUGGGAAUGGAGAGGUGUUCAUUUCACAGCUGACAUUGAUGAUAGCUGUUUAUUUCAAUUCUCUGCUCAUAUAUAUUUCACUUGUCUUCAGAGGACCAGGGAGACUGCGGGUGUUAGAACACGGAGCAGAGAUAAUACCUGAGGCAGCAAGUGACUGACCCCAACAGCAGCCUACAGGACAAUUCUCGGACCUUGACACUGUAGACCUCAGACUCAGAGGACACCCUUUACAAGUCACUAAAGCGGACCGGCUUUUGCAGAAGGCGUAUAUGACGUUUGGUGCCGGAAUGGCCGUCGGGAGGGUAGGCGAGUGAGGCAUACAUGGCGGUCAUGGGCAGUCGUAAGAAGAGCACAGUUGUACCACCGUGUUACAGUCAGCUGGGUGUCAUCGACGAGGACUCUGAUGACGUCACGCUGAGACGCAGACAUUUCCAGUAUGACGUCAUCCCGGAAAGCCAAGAACCCUCGGAUCUGGUUCAGGUGGUGGAGACCGCCAACAGGCUGAAUUUGAGGACCCAGCGGGCGAGUAUAACUGCCUGGAAGGCUCAGUUUGUUGGCACACCGCGCCUCCCGGACUUGAACCAAGGUGCAGAGGGUCAGGAAGAUGCCAAGUUGACGACAGAGAGGAAGAGAAAGAUCAACCAGGCUCUGGACUGGAUCCGGACUGAACUGCUCGAACUGAGACGACAGGACCAAUCCCUUGCCAGACAGCUGCUGGGAAUCCGCCGUGAUAUAUCCCACCUACGUCUGUCCAGAAGCUGUGAGGAGCACGAAGAUAUGUUAGAGGAUGCUCAGAUUGGAAUGGAGGAGUUUCACGAACUGUCACGAGUUUUAGACAUACCAUACGAGGGACCCUCCUCCCCAGUCCCCCUGAAACAGUUGGGCGUGACAAAAAUGAACAUCAGUAUCCGUCGUUUCUCUACCUGCUGAUGAGGCGAGACCGUGACAUCCCAUUGUAGAGGAUGUCAUCCUGGCAGCUUCACUGUUUUUAAGGUUAAAUUUGUACACCAUCCGUUCCUUGUGUCUAUGUCAUGUUCAGAUCCACUUCUCAACAACGUCAACAACGUGGUGAAACCCAUUUGUUUAGACAGCGGCAAGAAAUAGGCCAAUUAUUGUGUGAUGGCUGUGAUAAUACACGCACAUUACCGUGGUCUCAAGUAGGGUGGUGCCUGGAUAUCUAGAGUGGAAUCCAUCUGGGUUCGUAUCUUGACUAACACAAAAGGCGUUUAACAUCAACGGUUAUCCAACACAUGCAAUGGCAUAUGAUCACAUUGAUAUAUCAGACAAGAAUUGCCGUCUAACAGUAUGUGUGUGUGUUCAACAUGAUCAUGUGACUAUCGGUCCUCUCAAUGUUCACUGAAAGCAUGUGACCUUCUGUAAUAGGUUUUGUUCACUGAAAGCAUGUAACUACCACCAGUGGUUUGUAUUCAGGACGAUCAUGUGACUGCAAUGGGAAGUGUUCAGCAUGAUCAUAUGACCAGCAGUUGUUAUAGCCUUGUGUUCAAUAAAAGCAUGUGAUAUCAGUAAUAGGUUUGCCUAAGAGAAAGGCUAUUAAAAGGCAAUUGGAGAAAAUGUUCCUUUCA